AUGAGUUCCAGCUUGGUCAACUCUUUGGCCAAGGUCUACGACCCAAACCCUCUCCAUGGUCAGAAGCCGAGUGGGAGGAGGCUUUCACCUGGUGGAUCAGACAGGUCCCGCACUUCUCCUUCCCCAGCUCCAUCUCACGAUGCCGCCCUACACUGCCUGGAAAGCCAAAUGGAUUCCCUGAGCUGUCAGAUGGAGCGUUUGCUCAACAUGCAGCAGACUGUCCUGACCCGACUGGAUGGUCUGUCAGAGGACCUGGGAGGUGUGGGUCGAGAUCUGGCCUUGAUGCAGGCCGAGGGCAGAGGGGGUCGACGCUCGGAGGUGGAGGCGGUGUGCAGGGAGCUAAGAGUGGAGGUGGAGGAGGCCAGUGAGCAGGUGGAGCAUCAGGGGCGCAGGCUGGAAGGUGUUGAGAAGCUGGUGGAGGGCAUGCAGCAGGUGAUCAGCUUCAUUGGGGAAGUGGUAAAGAGCUCCAGGCUGGUGGAGCUGCUGUUCAAAGAGCCUGGCAGCAAGGCCGGCAGAGCAAGAGACAACAAAGCAAAAGAUGACAAGGAUAAAGCCAAAUUAAGUCUGAAGGGCUUGAAAGCCCAGAAGAAGAGGAGGCCCCCUGACACCUCAGGUAACACUGAACCUGUGCUGCAGGAGCAGGUGGAAAAGCUCAACAGGCAGAAUGCGGAGCGUUCCCAUGGAAACGCAGAGGUUGAGGGCCAGCAGAGCAAUGGAGAGGGAGGAGGAGGAGGAGGGGAGCUGAUGAAGCUGAUCAUGGAUGGACCACACGCCUCUGCCACGCAACCAGAGGAAGAGGAGAGGAAGACAAAAGCAAAGGACAAAGAGGAGGAAGAUGAGGGGGAAGUGUUUGAGGAUUCAGAGCCUGAGGCAGAGGAGGAGAAAUUUAACGGCAAGGGAGGAGAGUUCAGUCCAGAGCAGAGUGGACAAGAGGAAGAUGAAGAGGUGAAGAGGGGUGAGGGAGAGGCAGAAAAGGUCCUCAAUGCCAUCGCAGACAUUCCCACUCAGACCUGCGAGACCAGUCCCCUACCACAGGAAAGCUGUGAGGAGGUUGGUGAGGUGGCCACUUGCAGCAAACGUCGUGUCCCAGAGGAGGACUUGGUGAAGGAUGACCUCAAAAAGAGCCGAGUGGAAGACAGAAAAGAGGAACGGAUAGCAGAGGCAGCCGAGCCUCAGGCUUCCCCAUCAGAAGAAGUGAAGACAGAAGUGACAGAAGAGGGAGAUCCAGCAGUGAAGCAAUACGUUAUUGACUCAUCCCCCCCACCUUCAGCCCCUUUUGACCACCGCAUUGUGACUCCCAAACCCCACCAGAUAGCCACCUUUUACACCAUCAACCGAGAUGAGGUCCUGGGGGGGGGACGUUUUGGACAAGUCCACAAGUGUGUGGAGAACUCGUCUGGUCUGACCCUGGCUGCCAAGAUCAUCAAAGCCAGGAGCCAGAAAGAGAAGGAAGUGGUAAAGAAUGAGAUCCAAGUGAUGAACCAGCUGAACCACGCCAACCUCAUCCAGCUCUACGCCGCCUUCGAGUCGCGCCAUGACAUCAUCCUAGUCAUGGAGUACGUGGACGGAGGGGAGCUGUUUGACCGCAUCAUCGAUGAGAACUACAACCUGACAGAGCUGGACACGGUGCUCUUUAUACGCCAGAUCUGUGAGGGGUUGCAGUACAUGCACAAGAUGUACAUCCUGCAUCUUGACCUCAAGCCGGAGAACAUUCUCUGUGUCAGCAGAGCUACUAACAAGAUCAAAAUCAUUGACUUUGGGCUGGCCAGGAGGUAUAAACCGAGGGAGAAGCUGAGAGUCAACUUUGGAACACCUGAGUUUUUGGCUCCGGAGGUCAUCAACUAUGAGUUUGUUUCAUUCCCCACGGACAUGUGGAGCCUGGGUGUCAUCACUUACAUGCUGCUGAGUGGCUUGUCUCCGUUCCUGGGGGACGACGACAACGAGACGCUGAACAAUAUUCUGGCCUGCCAGUGGAACUUUGAGGAGGAGGAGUUUUUAGACAUCUCUGAGGAGGCCAAAGACUUCAUCACCCGUCUGCUGGUGAAGAGUAAGAGCUGGAGAAUGAGCGCAUCUGAAUCUCUCAGACACCCCUGGCUGUCAGACCCCAGCCUGCACUAUCAGCUACAUCAGAAGAAAAACAAGUGCCACUCCACACAUGCCCCUCCUCCAGAGAGCUAGACAGAAGGACUGUGAGGCCCUCAGCGCGUCUUUUGACAGCACGGGGCCUUGGUGCCCAACACUGGA